AUGAAUCCUCAUCAGAAGAACAAAGUCGACGUCAAGUCACUCUCGCCUGAGGAGCAGCGCCUCUUUCGACUGUACGGCAAACUCCCCUCCCGAUCCGACCACUUCGCGAAACACCUCAAGGAUCGCAAAUACUUCGACUCUGGCGACUACGCAAUGUCCAAGGCCGGCAAAGGCGAUGGCGUCGAUGCCGGUGCAGUGGGCUCUCAACACCCCGUCCCCGAAAACAUCCCUCACCUCUCGUCGCCCGUCAACAAUGGAGCGAGCAUUCCAAAGCACGGCCAUCAUGGUUCCAUAGCUGGUAUCCAAGCAGGCAGCCCGGUCAAAGAGAGCAGCUUCCUCCACCGCGAGACCAGCGCAGAAGAUGCCUCAAUCACAGGAGACGAUUCAGCUGCUUCCCACCAUAAAGAGACUGUGCCUGUUUCUUCUGCACCUCUGCAGUCCAACGAUGGCAUUCCAAUUCGCCGAUAG